AUGCGAUCUGUGAAGGUCGGGGCAUCGCGCACUCAAGAAAAGUGCGAUAGACCAUCAACAGAUAGAAAGCUGUCAACGACGUCAAAGUCUACAUUUCAAUCACUUCAGAACCAGCAUUUUGAUAAAUCAAACUCGGCGUAUAACAGGAAGGAGUUGAAUGAAUACAAGCAGUUGUUUGACAUGUUCGACACAGAUUGUUCCGGUGCCAUAGGGAAUGAAGAAUUGAAGGAAGCGAUGUUCAGUAUUGGAAUGCAUGCGAAUGAGGCGGAAAUCGACAAUGUGAUAAGAGAGGCAAGUUUCGAAGAUUAG